AUGACGGAAAAAAAACUGUAAAUCAUAAGAUCAGAAGAUUGCGCGUGUGGCAAGUAAUCCUUGAUUCUAGAAAAAUAAAAUUGUUCAAAGAUUUUGGUAAGAUAAAGAGUUUUCAGAAGCACUGGAUAUGAUUCAGUUUACUUGCGCAUAGAUAUCUGCAAAAGCACACACAACACUUGAAGUAGUACAUAACAUAACAAUUAGAAUUCGUAAUUAGGUUUUUUUUUUUUUUAACAUCGUUAUAUCUCUUUACAUGUUUUACAUCGUUAUAUUUUCCAAGCCGUCUGCUCCACUUUCCACGCCUUUAUUAUUUAGUUGUUUUUCAUGUUUCAACUUUCAAUAAUAAAAAUAAAAUAAAGACAGUUAUAUUAGUUGGAAAAGAACAGUGUUAUUAAUGAUCGUCUCAAUACUUUUCUUCAUCUCCAUGCUUCCCUUUUCUUCGAAAUUUCGAUCAUGUCGCCACCAUAUCUAUAGUUGCUAACAUCUUGAUUAACAAAUAAUUUCAGAAAGAAAAUGGAGAGCUCAACUGGGUACAUGACGGUCUUUUUCGUCUCUGGAAGCGUGGUGCUCCUUGCGGCUCAACUACACAAGCGUCUCUUGUCCUGUUACAUGGAGAAGCUUGAACUUCAGUUCGAUAUGAAGAACAAGGAGAAGAACAAGAAGAAGAAGGAGAAAAAGGUGAGUUUUGCAGUAAAUGUGAUGGAGCCGUCAGGGAACAACAAAGAGUAUCGCCGGAAAAAUAAGAAAUCAAAAUUUGAGGAUGGAGGAAGAAGCACAACAAAGUAGUCAAGGUUUAUAACAAGUCAACUCUCAUUCAACACAAUCCUUCAUAGUUACUUCCUCCGUUUUUAAUAUAAGUCGUUUUAGAGAUAUUUUUACGUUCCAAAUUAUAUGACGUUUUCGGUUUUCUA